AUGUUGGCUUGUUGGAGGUUAGAUUGCUUUUUCUUAUGCUCUUUUGAGUUGGAUUCAAAUCAGGAAAGGCUGAAUGAUCUAAUGGAGUCAAAAGGUGGGAAGAAGUCUAGUAGUAGUAGUAAAACCUUAUUUUACGAAGCUCCCCUUGGUUACAGCAUUGAAGACAUUCGACCCAACGGUGGAAUCAAGAAGUUCAGAUCAGCUGCUUACUCCAACUGCGUUCGCAGGCCAUCCUGA